UGCUGAAAAGAAAAUCUAAGGCAACAGAGUCAAUAUCAAAGUCCUUUAUCCCUUUUAAAACAUUCAUAAGAUAUUCCUUAUUUGAAAAGCAACUCAAUGGCACCGUUUGCCUUGCACUCUACUAUGACACAGACUUUAUCUCUGCUUGAAAAGUGUUCAAGCAUGAUGGAAUUAAAGCAAAUCCAUGCCCAGAUGUUCAAAACAGGUUCUGUCUUGGAAACCAUCACAAUAAGCGAGCUCCAGGCUUUUGCAGCCUCCCCUAAUUCAGGGAACUUAACCUAUGCCAAAAUAGUUUUCGACAGUCUCAGCAGCAGACCCAACACUUACAUUUGGAACGCUAUGCUUCGAGGAUAUGCUGAUAGCAAUAAACCAGAGGAAGCCUUGAUUUUAUACCAUCAAAUGCUAUGCCAUUCAGUUCCACACAAUGGUUACACCUUUCCGUUCCUGCUCAAGGCUUGUUCCAGUCUUUCUGCCAUAGAAAAGGCUCAACAAGUUCAUGCUCAGAUCAUUAAACUGGGUUUUGGUUCAGAUGUUUAUACCACAAAUUCCCUUCUACACGCAUAUGCAGCAUCUGGUUUCAUAGAAUCUGCAAGAAUCAUCUUUGAUCGAAUCCCACAUCCAGACACUGUUUCUUGGAACUCAAUAAUUGACGGGUAUGUGAAAUGUGGCGAGACUGAAACAGCAUAUGAACUUUUCAAAGAUAUGCCGGAAAAAAAUGCCAUUUCUUUUACAGUAAUGAUAUCCGGCCAUGUCCAGGCAGGUCUUGACAAGGAGGCACUGGACCUGUUUCAAGAAAUGCAGAUUGCAGGUAUUAAACCUGACAAAAUAGUGCUGACAAAUGUACUUUCAGCAUGUGCACAUCUCGGAGCAUUGGAUCAAGGAAGAUGGAUUCAUACAUACAUCAAGAAGAAUGACGUCCAAAUCGACCCAAUGUUAGGUUGUGCACUUACAGACAUGUAUGCAAAAUGUGGUAGUAUGCAAGAUGCUUUAGAAGUUUUUAAGAAAACAAGGAAAAAGAGUGUGUCUCUGUGGACUGCGCUUAUUCAUGGUUUCGCGAUUCAUGGGCGUGGAAGAGAAGCAUUAUACUGGUUUAUGCAAAUGUGCAUGGCAGGACUAAAGCCAAACCUGAUAACUUGUACUGCAAUUUUGACAGCCUGCAGUUAUACAGGGCUUGCUGAUGAGGGAAAAUCAAUAUUUAAGAGCAUGAAUAAAGUUUAUAAUUUGAAGCCAACAGUGGAGCACUAUGGAUGCAUGGUUGAUCUAUUGGGUCGAGCUGGAUUGCUGAAAGAAGCCGAAAAUCUGAUUAAGGGAAUGCCAAUGAAACCAAAUGCUGUUAUUUGGGGAGCACUGUUAAAUGCCUGUCGAAUUCAUGGAAAUAUAGCGCUAGGUAAACAGGUAGGAAAAUUCCUAAUUGCAGUGGACCCUGACCAUGGUGGGCGCUACAUUCACCUAGCAAACAUCCAUGCUGCUGCAGGGGAAUGGGAUGAAGCAGUUGAAGUAAGAAGGAAAAUGAAAGAAGAUGGAGUAUCCAAACUUCCAGGAUGCAGCACAAUCAGUCUAGAUGGGGCUAUCCAUGGAUUUUUUGCUGGGGAUGGGUCCCAUCCUCAAAUUGCAGAGAUUAAUUGCAUGUGGUACAAAAUUGUUGAGCGGCUGAGACAAGAAGGAUAUAAACCUGCAACACAAAAUUUAUUACUUGAUCUCAAGGAUGAGGAGAAAGAAACAGCCUUGAAUCAGCAUAGUGAGAAGCUGGCUGUUGCAUUUGGACUAAUCAGGACAAAACCAAGAACAACAAUACGAAUUGUUAAGAAUCUUAGAGUGUGUGAGGAUUGCCAUAUGGUAAUGAAACUCAUUUCCAAGAUUUACAACAGAGAGAUUGUCAUGCGGGAUAGAACUCGUUUCCACGUUUUUAGUGAGGGGAAAUGUACUUGUGGUGAUUAUUGGUGAAGAGAGUGAGUGACAGUUUUUGGCUAUAGGCACAUUAUGUUCACAGUAAAUUCUGUGUAUAGCACUGUCAUUUCAAUUAACACAAACUCCAAAUGACAUUACAAAGAGCAUUUAACUGUCA